GGAGAGAUGAUCUGCAGAGUAAUCGAUGUAAAUAAGGAAGAGCGGUAGUCGGUGUGAAUAAAAUGAAAAAUAAAUAUAAAUAAAAAAGGAUGAUGAUGGUGGUGAAGGUGGAAGCUGGAGAAGAUAAACAGCAUCUGAACUUCAUGAUGAUUGGAUGGAAUGCUCCUGAAGGAACCUGGUGAGACCUGGUGAGGUCAGCAUGUCUUCCAGCAGCCCAUCACACUCAGAUAAUGCGUUGGUGCUUCCCUCUCGAGCUCAGGAGGAGGACUCUCGGUGUUCCUCAGAGCGCCACGCCCAGCUGCUGCUGGCUCAGAUGAAUAAGAUGCGUCUGCGCUCGAACCUGUGUGAUGUCAGGCUGAGGGUGGGUGGGCGUGUCUUUCAGGUGCACCGCCUGGUGCUGGCGGCCAGCGGGCCAUACUUCUCAGCGCUCUUUAACUCGGGGAUGAGUGAAGCUCGAGAGGACGAGGUUCAGAUCAGUGGCGUGGAGGUCGAGGUGUUCCAGACCCUGCUGGAGUUCAUAUACACAGGCUGCGUGGACGUUACGGUGGAGAACGUUCAGGACCUGAUGAUGGCGGCUGACAUGCUCCAGCUGGCUGAACUGGUGAGGAUCUGUGGAGAUUUUCUCAGGAGCCACAUGGAUCCCAGUAACUGUGUGGGAAUUUACCAGUUCCUGGAGCAGAUGGGACAGAGCGACCUGAUGGAGUUCGUUCAGAAUUACAUCCACGCCCACUUCCUACAGGUGUGUGAGACGGACGAGUUCUCCAGCCUGCUGAAGGAUCAGUUGGUGCGAAUCCUCCGCAGUGAGGAACUGAGGAUCGAGGACGAGUUCCAGGUCUUCACCGCAGCCAUGAGCUGGUUACUGCAGGACGUCUCUCACAGGAAGAAACACGUGGUGGAGGCUCUGGAACCAGUUCGGUUCCCCCUGCUCUCCCCCCAGAGACUGCACGCCUACAUCGAGAGUGUGAGUGAGUUCAGCCUGCGGGUGGCGCUGCAGACUCUGCUGAAGGAAUUUACUGAGACCAGCAAAUCACCUAAAGAACUGAAACCCCUCCCACAAUCCAGCAGGUGCCGCCCACGGAGGAGAGCUCGCAAAUACGUCUACGCCAUCGGUGGCUACACCCGGCUGCAGGGCGGUCGAUGGACAGACAGUCGGGCGUUGAGCUGUGUGGAACGUUUUGAUUCCUUCAGUCAGUUCUGGACCACCGUCUCCUCACUUCACCAGGCUCGCAGUGGACUGGGCGUGGCCGUGCUGGAGGGCAUGAUCUACGUGGUGGGGGGUGAGAAGGACUCGAUGAUCUUCGACUGUACUGAGCGCUUUGAUCCUGUAACUAAACACUGGGCUGCUGUGGCUUCACUAAACUUCCCUCGCUGUGGAGUCGGAGUGUGUUCCUGUAACGGGGCUCUGUAUGCUCUCGGAGGCUGGAUUGGUUCUGAGAUCGGUAAGACGAUGGAGCGCUAUGACCCGGAGGAGAAUAAGUGGGAGGUGGUGGAGAACAUGCUCAUCCCACGGUAUUACCACGGCUGCUGUGAGCUACAGGGUUCUGUGUACGUGAUUGGCGGGAUCAGUGACGAGGGGGUGGAGCUUCGCUCGGCCGAGGUCUACGAGCCGAUUUCCCGCCGUUGGCGAGCGCUGCCCAGCAUGACGAUGCGGAGGGCGUAUGUGGGCGUGGCCUCACUCGAUAACGCCGUCUACGCUGUGGGAGGCUGGAACGAGGCGCUGGGGUCACUGGAUACAGUGGAGAAAUACUGCCCCCUACAGGAGCGCUGGGUGGAGGUAGCAUCUCUCUCGGUGCCACGCGCCGGAGUUAGCGUGGUGGCGGUGAACGGUUCGCUCUACGCCAUCGGCGGCCGUAACUCCGGGCGGGAUUACUCCGCCCCGGUCACCGUGGACACGGUGGAGAUCUACGACCCGCACCUGGACACCUGGACCCUGAUCGGGAACAUGAUCACCAGCCGCUGUGAUGGGGGCGUGGCCGUGCUCUGACCGGGGGCGUGGCCGUGCUGUAACUGAGGGUCUGUGUGCAGCGCCGCUGAUCAGCCAGCAGAGGGAGUAACAGCAGUGAUGAGGUGAUAACAGCUGCAGUAAUGAUGAGGAUUCCCCUCAGUUACUCCCCCUGCUGGCUGAUGGACGGUACUGCACUGAGGAUGAUCCAGUUCUUCAGCUGUAGUGUUUCCUGUAGAAGCUUUAUCACAGCGGGACGACAUGAACACACACCUGAACACCCGGGCAGAGACUCCAGAGAACCGGGCGUGGCUCUUCUGUCCCUCACAUUCACAUCAUAAUGAACUUUAUUCUCUGAUCUUCAUCCUUGUGGUUUUAGGUUUCCACGUUAGACUCAGUAGAAAACAGAAAAUAAAAUAAUAAAGUAAUAAAAUGUUGAA